AUUUGCUGAUAGAUGUCGCACGAAGCAAUGAUUACAAAUUUUCGACGAACAUUCGAGCAAAACAACACAAGUUGUGUAAAAUUUGUAAUAGAAGAUAUAACAAGAAAGUAUAAAUCAUGGAUAAAUGUGCCAUAAUCAAGCUUCCUCAUCAUCUACAACAAAAACUGUGUUAUACACGACCAUUAUACAGGCAAGGGAAAAAAUUAACGUCUGUAAAGGUAGCAAAUUUGUUUAUACAAUAAAUGAUGAAUCGAAACAUUUGAUGAUAUGUGGAGUGCCUAAACUCCAAUUAGGUGAAGAAGUGAGAAAACUUGUUGAACCUUAUGGUACUAUUAAAAACAUAUACAUAGUACCUGAUUAUCCUACAGAAGAAUUUACAGAAACGUAUUACGUGCUAUAUGUUCAUAUACAAAGUGCAAGAAUAGCAAAGCGGUACGUUGAUUGUAAAAAUUUUUAUGGUGGUUCAUUGCAUGUUUUUUAUGUACCUGAACUUGAAAGUAUCUCAGACACCAAAGAAAAGCUUCUACAACGUCAAAAAGAAGUAGCUAUACGUAUAAAGAAGAAUCAGAAAGAUAUGUUGAAUCCCAAUGUUGAUCAAUUUCUUCCAAAAGAACAGUAUAACAGAAGAAAAAGAACCCCUGCUUUACCAUUGACAGAGGAGCGACUCCAUCAACAGUAUCCUGGAGAAACAUUAGUUUCUAUUUAUGAUGGUAUACCACAAAGUUUAGACCCAAGAACAGUAUGUGAACCUAGUUUAUCAUCAAUCUCAUCCGAAUAUGAAAAAAAUGCUGGGUCGAUUUUAUCACAAACUGCAUGUCAUUUAACUGGAGCUAAUAUUCAUGCAAGCAACUCUCAAAGAACCACAUCGAAAUCAGAUUCUACGGCAAACAAAAGAAAAAAUUACAAAGGACAGUCUAUCAAUACUAAUGUUAAAGUUAGAAUUGUCAGGCCACAAAUUGUUGAUACAAGUACUAUAGUGAAACGAGAUAUCUCAAAUAAGAAUGUAUUUUCUAGUCAAAAAAAGGUAGAAAAUAAUAUAACUAUUAAGUUAAUACCAAGAAAUGAUAAUGAGAAAAAAAGGAUUGUAAUAAAAAAUCCAAGCGUAUCUCAGUUGAUACAACCAAGUGAAAACUUACAAUCGUCAAUUUAUAAAGCCAAGUUACAAAUACGAGCAGCUAUGCAAAUGAAUAAUAAGGAAAACCCAUAACUUUGAUGAGUGGUCCGGUGCUACUCAGGAAACAGCCAAGAAGUGGAUAACUGAGCGCUGGGAAGAGUAGGAAGAAUCUUCCUGAUAGAGGGCAAAACCAAGAGUUCGUCAAGAAUCUCUUCCCAUAACUUUGUAUGAAAACAAAUAAUAAAAAGAAAAAUUUUA